AUGUCCCUUUCCGGUAUGAUGCGCAUGUCCGUACUCAUUCUACCAAACCAGUUCCAGCUCGAGCAGAUAUAUUGAAAAAAAAAAUGUAAAUAAAACAUCCGUGUUUCUAAAAGAAAAAUUGCAUUAAAAAUAAAAUGCAUACCAAACUCUUUGUGAGACGUUAGUGGGAUUGAAUCGAAUAGGGCCGCAGAAAUUAAAGUAUUUGUACCUUUUUUGACUGGCACCAGCAAAGCAGAACGAUUCCCAUAGAGCUGUGGCAUAUAUCUAAGGAGACAGAAACGCUAUGUAUCUACAAUAUUCACGAUAUCUACGGCGAAAUAUAGCACUUUUGGCUAUCUAUACUCUGCUGACGAUUGCAGUUAUAGGGCUCCUUCUGAUCCUAUGUGUCUCAAACAGCAGAACGGAUAUACCAUUUAUGGUUAUACCACGGCUUGAUAAGCCUGCUGUUGCCGUCGUCGUUCAUAGAACAGGCGAUAGAGAUAAUUCCCUCGACUCAAGCGCUUUAAACGAUUUAGUUGACACAUCAAAGUUGAAGACGUUAGAAGGAACAGGGAUUGAGAUGAACACAGAAUCAGAUCAACAGCACAUUUACAUUGACGACGUUUAUAAUGCAAACCUUAAGUUACACAAGGACGAGUUCGUGCCGAUCACUUAUCAUCCCAUUGAUGCGGAUCUAGAGGGAGACUCCAAUCAGGGCUCUGGGUCUCCAGCUAGUAAGACAUUCAAUUUUAACGAGUUCGAAGAUGACAAUGACGAUGAUGAUGAUGAUGACGCAGUGACCAGUGGAAGCGGAAACGACCGAAACAUAAUCUACGAUCUAGAAACGAAGGAUUUUAUUAAGCGUAUUAGCAUAAAAUUAUCACAACUCUCUAAAGCGAAUCCAAAUAAGGGUCAACGAAUAUUCAAAUUGGGGAUAAACCGUGAUCUUGUCCCAAUUUCCGAAAUUCACCAUCGUAGCGUUGUGGGAGAAAAACAGACACAGCCCAUGAUCCAUGCCCCGCAAAAGAAAUUAGAGAUACAAACAAAAGUUUUAAGUAGCUCCAGGGGAUUUGUAAACCCAGCCGGUAUUCGUGCAACGUCCUUUGCCAUGUUGGACAAUCAACUGCUGCCGAGUGAGACCCAAAUCCGGACACGCCGCAUCAUUAGUAAUGAAAAAAAGAGCGAAGAACGCUCCCGGAAACUUUUGCUAUGUGAAAGUGAAAUGGGAAAUUCGGGAGGUCGUGAAUUGUGCCGCAUGCUGUUUAAGGAAACAGAAUCCUCAGUGUAGUCACACUUUUCCUAGUCGUAGCAUAAGCAUAGAACGUACAUAUGUGUGUUAUCAUCUAAAACCGAAUUCGAAUAAUGUAGAUGCACGCCAUUAGAUGUAUUAAAAGUAUAUAUGUACAUAU